ACUGCGCAAACCGUGGAACAAACGGCAUUUGUUUUGACUCUGACAUUAUCAAACUCGUUCUAAUUUGUUGUUCAUGCCAUUUGAUUUUUCCACGUUGGAUGUAACAAAACAUCAUACAUAAUGAUGAUAAACAGCUUGUCCUAGUUGAUCGCAUUUGAUCCAAUGUAACUCUUCGUCCUGAGUGUUCGAAACAGCGGCUCGCUGGAGUGGACAGCUUCAUACUUCCUGAUCUUGCUCUGCGGAAUCCUUACAGCCUUCAAGAUGCUUGAGACACCUCCUGGCUAUCCCUUCGAAGAGAUAGAAUAUGAGGACAUAGAAGUUGAAGAGGUUGUUGGCAGAGGGACAUUUGGAGUUGUCUUCAAGGCUAAAUGGAAAGGCAAAGAUGUGGCCAUCAAGACCAUAGAGAGUGAAUCUGAGAGGAAAGCUUUUGUAGUAGAGCUCCGCCAGCUUUCUAGAGUAAAUCACCCAAAUAUUGUCAAGCUCUAUGGCUCAUGUGAUAAUCCAGUGUGUCUUGUUAUGGAAUAUGCUGAGGGUGGCUCCUUAUACAAUGUGCUGCAUGGAGCUGAGCCCCUGCCCCAGUACAGUGCAUCCCACGCUAUGAGCUGGUGUCUGCAGUGUGCUCAGGGUGUAUCCUAUCUCCACGCCAUGAAACCCAAGGCCCUCAUUCACAGAGACCUCAAACCACCCAAUCUGCUACUUGUACAGGGUGGCACAGUGUUGAAGAUCUGCGACUUUGGGACAGCCUGUGACAUCCAGACACACAUGACCAACAACAAAGGAAGUGCAGCCUGGAUGGCACCAGAAGUGUUUGAAGGCAAUAACUACAGUGAGAAGUGUGAUGUGUUCAGCUGGGGCAUCAUCCUGUGGGAGGGGAUCACUCGUCGAAAGCCCUUUGAUGAGAUUGGAGGAUCGGCCUUCUGCAUCAUGUGGGCCGUGCACAGAGGGACUCGGCCCCCCCUGAUAAAGGACCUCCCGGAGCCCAUCGAGAAUCUGAUGACACACUGCUGGGACAAAGACCCUGCCCAGAGGCCCUCCAUGGAGGAGGUCAGGAACACCAUGGCAAGCCUCAUGAAGUACUUCCCAGGCUCUGAUGAGCCUCUCCAGUACCCUCACCAGUGUCCAGGCAACAGUAGGAGUGGCUCAUCCUCAGCCACAAGCACAGGCCAGUCCCAUAGAUUUAAAUACUCUUUGAAGGUUGACAGAUUUUAUAAACAGUUGUUGACAAGUAUCACUUUACAUUGUACUAACAUUGUGCUAUGUAGUAAUUGCUUUCAAAAUGCAUAUGAAUUUCAAACAAUCAAAGGUGAUGCAGAUAUAGUUGGAGUAUUAAGUUAUUUCAUCCAUACCAAUGUUCAUGCUGUUCAUGUACCUUCUCAGGGGGGAACAUUACGCCCCAGCCUGCCCUCGUCCAGAAGGGCUAGUGUGGAGAGCCUGCCUGAUCGUGAGCGUACCCAGAGUCCUGCUCCCACUGAGAUCAAAGUGCAAUGUGCUGGCCAAUCGGGGCCAGAGCUGAGGGUGCCUAUCAGUCCCACAGAUAUAAAUGGUUUGGACAGCUCCAUCCCCAUGCCUUAUCUGACACUGGAUCACCAGCUGCAGCCCCUGGCCCCAUUCUCUAACUCCAAAGAGUCCAUGGCUGUGUUUGAGCAGCACUGCAGAAUGGCCCAGGAGUACCUUAAAGUGCAGACUGAAAUCGCCCUUCUCACCCAAAGAAAGAAGGAGCUGAUCUCUGAGCUGCACCAGGAUGAGAGGCAGCAGCAGAACACGUCCCGUCUGAUUCAGGAACACACCAAACUGUUGGACGAGAACAAGAGUCUCUCCACCUACUUCCACAUUUGUAAGAACAAGCUGGAGCGGAUCCAGAGUCAGCAACAGACGAGUUAGAAUGCCUCCUGAUGUGUGCCUGUUGCCCUAGAACUGUCCUCAGAUCAGCAGCAGCCGAAGACACUGUCUGUCAAGUGGCCAUUUUGUGAUGUCUCUUCUGUUGACCCUCAGCUGUUUUGGGAUCAGCUGCAGCCAAAUAUACCUACCAUAUUUGUAAUGAAUGCUUCAUAUUGCUCAUUAACUGUUUUCGGAUGAGCAGCUAAAGAGACUGGCCAUUUGUUAACACUUCCCUGUUGCUCUUAAACUGUUCUUGGAUCAUUGGCCAAAGAGGAAAGCCAUACUAUUAUGAAUGUUUUGUGGAUCCUCAACUGAUCCACAGUCAGCAGCAGACUGCACACAGCAGGUCUCCCCUCAGGUCCUUGCUCCCCAAUGCGCUGUACAGUUAAGAUACUCUGCCGCAUUCAGUACAACAAUAAUAUUGUGCAAGAUGUCUCAUUAACAGCUCAGUUCAUUUGCACGCAUGUCUCGCAAAGACGUUAUUCUAUUCUGCCAGAGGAACAGUGGACUCGUUGAACAAGGGAAGCCUGGAGGCCCUGUAACAUCUUCACCUACUGUAGCUGUCAACAUCCAAAAUAAAUGCAGUUGCCUCUAGAGAUUGAUCUUUGGUCAGUUUUGUAUUCCCCUCCCCAAUGUUUAAAGUUAGGAUUUGAGGAGGACAAGCUGAUCCUAGAUCUGUGCCUAAGUUUAAUUUCUGCUCUUAGUGUGGCAUCCAGGAAGUAUCAGAGUGUUGUUGGUGUUGUUAAGAUGGAUGACUUGCAGUAACACCUCAGACGACUUGAGGUGUUUCCUGUCUUGCGGCAGAUGUCUGUCCCCUCCCCAGGGCUGUUGUAGAGGUGCUAGAAGCUUGUUGUUCUUCUCUGGCUCUGACCUCUCUGUGACAGCUAGCUUUGUAUGGAGAUGAUUAAGAUGUGCACAAAAGGCUGUCAUUUGAUAUUUGCGUCUUUUUAAAUUUCUAUGGCAUUCUUAUAUCUUUUCCCCUUUUCAUAUGCACUGGCUCAUUGAGAAGUAAUGACACUAUUUUAAAUGGAUCUUCAUUUUUAUUUUAUAUAGCCUAUACUUUUCCAUGUUCGGUGAAUCAGCAAAGUUUUACAUUUGUUUUGAGAUCUUUCUCAAUCUUUCUGCCUUGUAGGUUUUAGAUAUUUUUUCUUCUCAUUCUCUAAAUUUAGAAUGCCACCACCACUAAGUAUUAGUUUUUAUAUUUUGUUAAUUUAGUCAAUUAUUUCACUUUUGUAUUCACCCCUAUAGUGUUAAAUGUGUAUGUGCUGGUUGUGGACUAAGAGUUUGGUCUUGUUCUAGCACUUCCACCAAUGUGUUAUACACUUUUGUUCGCUUUAUUUGCCCUCUGUGUGCGCGUGUUCACAAGUUGCCUUAGGCUAUAUCUCACUUUCUGUACUGUAUUUUUAAAAAUAGCGUUUUGACUUGCAAAACCAGAUGUCGUCAAUGCACUUUUGAAUGUACGGUGAGCUCAAAAGUAUUGGGACAUUGACACAUUUGUUGUUGUUUUGGCUCUGUGCU